AUGCUUGUGUUCCACACGCCGCUGUCGGUGUUGCACGACCCGCCGCACGAGAUCCUCUCUGGCUGUGUCCAGCCCUACUUCGAGUCGCCCGAGCGCUACCGCCGCAUCCUCGCCGCCCUCGUCCACCCUGGCUCCACCUUCGAGGAACGCUGCCUCGACUGGACCCGAGACGACGUCCUCACGCCCGAGCUCGACAGCGCCGUGCUCUCAGUGCACGACGGCGGCUACCUCGACUUUCUCGCUUCAAUCUACUCCGAGUGGACAGCCGAGGGCGGGUCGAGGGACGCUGCCCUGCCAGAGACAUUCUUGCGCGCCGACAUGCUCCUCGAGCCGAGCGACGGCACCGAGGUUCAGGGGAGCGCCAUUGCCCGCAUCGGGCGGCACUCGUUCGACCUCUCAUCGCCCGUCACGGCCGACACCUACAUCUGCGCUCUAGCGUCAACACGCGUCGCGCUCACGGCGCUCUCGGCUUUGCUCGACCCUUUAUCGACCGCCCAAGGCGUCUUUGCGCUCUGCCGUCCACCAGGCCAUCACGCGACGCCGACGCUCUGCGGCGGGUACUGCUUCGUCAACACGGCGGCGGUCGCGGCGCGCGAGGCGCAGCGCGUCCUGCUCGGCGCCGGGGCGCGAGGCGACGGCGAGCCCAAGCCGCGCAUCGCCGUGCUCGACGUCGACUACCACCACGGCAACGGGACGAGCCAGGUCUUUUACGACCCGACGGUCUUGUACGUCUCGCUGCACGGCUCGCCCGACUAUCCCUGGUACACGGGCGCGGCGAGCGAGCGCGGCGCGCCGGGCACGGACGCCGAGGGCGCCAACGUCAACGAGCCGCUGCCGCUCGGGACGGACGACGAGGCGUACGUCGAGGCGCUCGAGGGCGCUUUUGGGCGCGUGAGCGAGUGGGGCGCCGAGGUGCUCGUCGUGUCGCUCGGCGUCGACACGUUCGUCGACGACCCGCUGACCGACUUUCGCCUGUCGCUCGCGGCGUACCCUCGCAUCGGUCAGGCGAUUGCGACGGUCGGGCUCAGGACGCUGUUUGUCGUCUUGGAGGGCGGCUACGCGCUCGACUCGGUCGGGGCGUGCGUCCGAGGGGUGCUCGAGGGGUUCGAGCGCGCGAGCGGCGGCGGCGGCGGCGGCGGCGCUUUCGAGGGACGCGAGUAG